AUCAUGUGAGAGGAAAAUGGCUGCUACGGGGGAGGAGGCCGCUGCGAUGGACAACAUCAGUAGAGUACCUGCACCUCCGACCGACCUGAACCUCUCAACUGAGCCCGAUCAGAGGAGGGAUGCGGGUGGGACAGAGAACCAGGCGCCUGCACCAAAAAGAUCCAGUAAUAACAAUGAUGGAGGUGUGGAAACAGCAGAAGAGGCUACUGAGCCUGCUGAACCAGACAUCAAUGAGCUCUGCAGAGACAUGUUUGAGAAGAUGGCAGUAUUUUUACAAGGAGAGCUUACUGCCACCUGUGAAGACUAUAAACUGCUGGAGAACAUGAACAAGCUCACCAGUCUAAAGUACAUGGAGAUGAAGGACAUAUCAAUCAACAUCAGCCGCAAUCUGCAAGACCUCAAUCAGAAAUAUGCCAGUUUGCAGCCCUACUUGGAUCAGAUUAACCAGAUCGAGGAGCAGGUUACAGCUCUGGAACAGGCUGCUUAUAAACUAGACACAUAUUCAAAGAAACUGGGUAUGUAUAUAAUGCGUUUAAUACAUAAAUGUACUGCAAUGUGAUAAUCUCCGUAUUUA